AUGGCGUCCAACGAGUCGCUCUUCAGCAUCCAGGGCGCCAGCGACCUGUACCCCGGCAGCAGGUCGCACUUCGACUUCUACUACUACGAGGUCAUGGCGGAGGCGGCGGACUCCAAGCUGCCGUCCCAAUCUUCUGCCGGUGCAGCUGGUGCCUCUGCUCAUGAGAGAAAUUGGCAUUUGGAUCCGACAAACUUGGUGCCAAAUGGGAGCUUUAGAUGGGUAGGCAUCGUCCCUUGA